CAGUUCGCUCGCUCGCUAGCCGCGCCAUGAUACGUCAAACAACGGAUAAACAACAACGGGCGAUGGGCUUGUCGCCUUCCGACACCAAGCACCUCUGAUCCGCCGGGGGCCGCAAAGCAACAAUGGCCGCGGCGGGCGCGGCGUCCUCCCUUGUCCCCUCCCCUUCCCCUCGCCGCCUCCCCUUCCGUUCCACCCGCAAACCCCUCCUAGCCGCCACCCCCAACACCCUGACGCUGUCCCCGAAGCUAUCCUGCCGCCUACACCCUCUCGCCGCAUCUUCGUCGUCGCCGCCCUCUGCGCCUCCGCCCGACGAUGCUGAGAUGAGAGACCCCGUCAAGCUAGCCUUCGCCCGCGCGGCCGCCUAUAAGAAGGAGAAGGCCAAUCCGACACCGCCUCCGCCUCCCCCUCCGCAGACUCCGGCGAAGGAGUCCAGCAAGGGGGCCUUCGAGAAGGCGCUGGAGUACAGGAACGGUGACGGGGGAGGACUGGGCGGUGGUUCCGCGUUUCUCAAGGCAUCGCCGACUUUUGGCCAAAACACUUUUGCUAGUAAAGACGGUGCAUUUGGCAAAGCUGCAAAUAAGAAGGGAGAGUAUGUCUACGAUGAAACAGACUUUUUGGGCCUUGACUUUUUUGAGAAAAAGCGUUAUCAAGGUCCACCUCCAGGGCUGUCUCCAGCAGUUGAUCCUUCUCCAAAUGAAGAUUUUCCCGAGGUGGAGAUAGUAAUUGGCGACCCUAGUAAAUUUGGAAAGUCUCGCCGUUCAACCGAAAAUCAACCAGUAGAUGAUAAUGAGUCUGAUGAAACUUCACGUUCAAGAAUCAUUGAACAAAAUGAAGAUGGGAAAGUUGAGGAAACAACGCCAUCAUCUGUUAUUGAACCAGAGGAAGACAAAAAUUCAGAAUUCUACAAACCCAGGGUUACAUCUUGGGGAAUGUUUCCACGACCACAAAAUAUUUCGAAGGCGUAUGGUGGUGGAAGAAAUAUAAGCCUUGGUGGAGAGAAGCAAAGUGCUGAAGAGAAGGCAGCUAAAGAUAAGCGUACAAGGGAGCUACUGGCUGCCUAUAUGAGUGGACAAAACAAGACAAUGGAUGCAAAAACCAAGGCAGAGUGCACCGAGGCAUUGAAGAAAGGUGACGAGCUAAUGAAUGCUGGAAGGCUUAAACAAGCUUUGCCUUAUUAUGAAAAAGUGAUGCAGGCUGCGGACUUUAAGACCGAACUUCAUGGAAUGGCUGCUUUGCAAUGGUCCAUCUGUCUAGAUUCACUCUGCAGGUCCAAGGAAGCCAUGAGUAUGUAUAGCAAGCUCAAAUAUCACCCAAAUGAUCUGAUUAACAAGAAAGCAAAAAUGUUCAUGUUCAGCUUCCAGGCAAUGGACUUCUUGAAGGUCGACGGCUUGCCUGUGCCGCAGAACACAGGCUACGAGGGAUACUUCGACCAAUUCAGCGGCCAAAGGAACUACUAUGCGAACCCGGACGAGCCUGAGGUGGGAAUUCGGCAGAUUAUCCCGUACAUGAUCUUUCUUGUCUCCCCUGUAUUCUUUGUUGCUUUUAUUGCCUGGAGGAAAUCCUUUAUGUUGUAAAAACAUCAGGAAGCGUGUUCUUCACUCUUUCAUGUGAUGGUCAGCUUGUCAGGUUUUGCUCUUAUCUUUAUGGAGCAUUGCUUUGAGUAUGUCCACUUUUUUGAAAA